GCGUGAUCCGGAAGCGUCUUUCUGCCGAGAAACGGGGCUGAGGGUUUGGAAACGCAGACUUAAGGUUGAGUGUGACUGAGUUGAUUCCAGUCUGGUUUCCAGUUCGCAACGGUUUCACUCCUCACGGUUUUUUUUUUCUUUUUCUUUCCCUGCGACUUGAGUGGCAUUGUCUCGCGGUGGUUUCCGUGAGCGUCGCAAAGGAAGGACCUAGGACAGGGGUGGUGGAGGCGGGGAAGCCGCGCUGAACCGGCUGAGUGCACGGUCCUCGCUCGGCGUGAGCGGCGCGUGUUUCCUGGGCGUCGGGUGGUCCCGGCACGUUGUGGGUGGUUAUUCCUUGUCCAGACGCUCACUUUAAUUCGGAAAGAAAACCCACCGUUUUCCAGCACUUCUGAAGGAGGAGAAAUAAGCAACAGGAAGAUGUCUGUUUUCCCUAAAAUAUCUUUGAGGCUUGAGGUUGAAAACUAUCUCAAAGCGGGCUUCAUGAAUAAGGAGGUUGUAUCUGCUUUAGGUAAACAAGAAGCAGAAAGGAAGUUUGAAGCUCUGUUAUGUCGCUUGUCACACCCUCCAUCAUUCACAACUGUCAGAGUAAAUACCCAUCUAGCCUCAGUGCAACAUGUGAAAAAUCUGUUGUUUGAUGAACUUCAAAAGCAGUUUAAUGGAUUAAGUUUUCCUGUUCUUCAGCAUCCAGAGCUGCAGGAUGUCUUACUUAUUCCUGUCAUUGGACCUAGGAAGAACAUAAAACAGCGACACUGCGAGGUUGUCGUCGGAGCCCAGUGUGGCAGCGCAGUGUUACGAGGAGCCCACGUCUAUGUUCCAGGAAUCGUGUCCGCCUCCAAAUUUAUGAAAGCUGGAGAUGUUGUUUCCAUAUACUCUGAUAUUAAAGGCAAAUGUAAGAAAGGAGCCAAAGAAUUUGAUGGAACAAAAAUAUUUCUUGGAAAUGGGAUUUCUGAACUAAGCCGCAGAGAAAUCUUCAGUGGGCUACCUGAACUGAAGUAUGUCAUCAAAUGGGGAAUAGGCGUGAGAAUGACGGAACCAGUGUAUCUCAGCCCUUCAUUCGACAAUGUACUGCCCAGCUACUUAUUUUUACAGAAUUUGCCAUCUGCUGUGGUAGCUCAUGUUCUGGAUCCUCAGCCUGGAGAGCGGAUUCUGGAUUUGUGUGCGGCCCCUGGAGGCAAAACGACACACAUUGCUGCCCUGAUGCAGGAUCAGGGAGAAGUGAUUGCGCUGGAUAAAAUAUCCAACAAAGUAGAAAAAAUAAAGCAGAAUGCGUUACUGUUGGGGCUGAAUUCCAUCAGGGCAUUUUGCUUUGAUGGAACAAAGGCCCUUAAACUUGAUGUGGUCAAGGACACAGAAGGAGAACCUCCAUUCUUACCGGAAUCUUUUGACCGAAUUCUCCUUGACGCUCCCUGCAGUGGAAUGGGACAGCGACCAAACAUGGCUUGUACUUGGACUUUGAAGGAAGUGACAUCAUAUCAGCCAUUGCAGCGAAAACUCUUUACUGUGGCAGUUCAGCUGCUGAAGCCAGGGGGCGUGCUGGUUUAUAGCACGUGCACCAUCACACUGGCGGAAAAUGAAGAACAAGUAGCCUGGGCCCUCAGGACAUUCCCUUGCCUUCAGCUUCAGCACCAGGAACCCCACGUUGGAGGAGAAGGAAUGAUGGGAGCUGGCCUGUCGCUGGAACAGUUGAAACAGCUGCAGCGAUUCGAUCCAUCUGUUGUGCAAUCACAGAACACCGACAUGGAUUCUCUCAGAGACGCCAGAAUAGAAGACAUGGUUUGGCUGGCAAAUAAGGAUUGUAUAGGUUUUUUUAUUGCAAAAUUCAUAAAAUGCAAAAGCACACAGGAGAAGGAUCCUUAGAAAUGAAAAUUCCAAAUGUUUGCUGUGUGUGGUGUCUUUUUUUUUUUUUUUAAAAAAAUCAGACUGUUGUCAGGCCAAGUGAUUGAUGCCAUGGUUGCUGAGGAAACAGAAAAGACUGCCAGCUGUUUCUCCAGGAAUCGAGAGACUUAUGAGACUCUGCUUCAUAGAGGAAGUAAUGGGAGGUGGUUUGAGAUAAUAUUUUGUUUUUAAAAUAAUUUUUUCUUACGGAUUUAGCAGAGUUAAAGAAAAGGAUAUGCCUAUAGAUGUCUGGAACAUAUUUCCACUUGGGGUCUUUGUUUUAAUUUGUAAAGAAUGCAGGUCAUUUUUAAUAUUAAAAUCAGUGGAUUUAACAAAAGGAAUAAAAUGAACAAUAUUUAAUUUGGUUAUAAAGCAUGUUUUCCGUUACUAAAUUCUGAAGUAGGAGUUCCCUAAGAAUUCAGGGUAUGGGAGCUAUAACGCACUUAUCAUGUGCCAGUAACUGAGCUGGGUAUUUUGUUUUUUUCUUUUUGAAAAGUUAGAAUAUAUUUUUCAGGGUGAGGUGAAAAAAUCCAACGACAUGAAAUUCUUCAAGGGAUAAGGAAUAACGUUGCCUACCAACAGUUUGAAUUCAUCAUGCCUGAAGAUGGAACUGGGUCUCCUGGGAAAAGGGACAAGUCUUGCAAGAUUGAGAAGGCUCUUGUCAGAGGACAUGUGUUUCUUUAGCUGAGAGUGUCUGGAUUCAUGCUCUCUGCGAAGAAUUUCCAUCCUUACAGAAUGAAGGAGUUACUCUGAGAAGUGCAUGACACAAACUGGCGAUGGAGACAUUCAUCCCUUUCCAGUGAGAGCCGAUUGGGUUUCCAAUAAGGAGAAAUACUUUCAGAAGUGGAGUGGUCUGUAUCCCUCAAGAGAAUGGCAAAUCCCGUGAGAUUUGGUUUCAGUUGCAGACAAUUUGUGCUGAUCACCUUGGAGUUGUUGGGUUACUGCUUGCCAAAACAGCGGUCUUAGUCUGUAGACGAACGGUUCAAAUCCCAUGAGAUUUUCAAGAGCUCGUGCAUGAGUAUGGCUCUGGACCAUGGCUUCAGGAGGGGGCGCAACCCGGCUGCCUACCAGCACUGGGAGCAGAACAGACCAGGGGCGUGGCCAGAAUGCCUCUGGAACCAGCCAGCAGAGUUCACGCAGUGGGGUUGAGGGCAGGAGCUGACCAAUCCAGGAUGUCAGUUGCUUCUUGGGUUCCAGGUGGAACGUUGGUGUGUUUCCCAGGUCUUGUAGCUGGUGGAUCCACGGUAACUGGGCAGAGCCCUGCGGUGGAUCAGUGCCAUGGAGGGGCUGCCACCCUCUGCGGAGCCUGGCUUAGGGCUCUUCUUUGGGAAGUUGAGUGAGGUCGUGGUGUUGCUGCUGCCCAAAGGCCUGAGCUCAUGGGUCACUUUCCAGAACUCAGAAGGGCAGACAGUGGCAUGUCUGCCUGUCAUCACCUUAUUGGUGGGUGUCUUAUGGCCUUUUAGGCUUGUUCAGUCUUGUAGAAGUUGACUUUAUGGAAGAACUGAGCUGGGUAUUUUACCUGACUUUUUCUGCUAUUUGAUUAAAAAUAUGGGAGUAUUGCACAGUUUGGGUACAUUUUAUCAUCUGUUGGAACACAUACAAGUUAUUAGAGAUGUGAUUGAUGAUUAAGAGAAAGCCAUCUUCUGAUGCUGGAACGGGCCGGGCACUUACAGGUUUCCAUUAGGAAUGUCUCGUAACUCACUGUUGUCUCCAUCAAGAAUGCAAGGUCUCCUGGAGCAGGUCACCUCGUUUUGCCCUGAUUUCUUCUGAAGAGCAGAAGCUUUGGUUCUAAGAAGCACUUCGGGGUUUUGUGGGACAGUGAAACUCACGGAGUCGGUGGUGGGGGACGUACCGAGAGGCACACAACGCACGCUGGAGAUGGACGUAAGCAACUCGGGUUCGUCUCAUUCUGGAUAGAGCUGCCCGCUUGGAACAAGCACUGUGCUGGACUUCUGGGCCUGCCUCCCAGCCAUGUGACCCCAGGCAGCCGCGUUGCUAGUCGGUAGAAAAGAGCUCCCUUACCUGUGAGUUGGAGGCUAGCGUGGGGCUGAUAGGCAGAGUUGAAGUGGCUAAAGUCCGGCUGAGGAGAGGGUUGGGGAGACCGCUGCUGGGGGGAUGCGUGGCCUUCCAGUAGGCCUCCAGGUAGUCGGCCAGGUGCUCACAGGCAUCCUCGAGCUGGUUCUCAUCCAAGAUCACAUCAAACAACUCCUGUGGAGGCAGACAUUUCAAAGGGCACGUUUACACCGGCCCAUUACAGACUGAACGUCACACAUGUGCCCCAAACCUCCCCCAACACAGGGCGGAGGAAGGAAGGGGCCCAAGAACCUCACCGCUUUGUCUCUGCUCUUGCUUACGUGCCCCUACUUUUCAGAUUGGCUGACUGUCCUAUUUAGUCAGAUUACAAGUGUGUGUCCUCAGAUCCUUGUUUAGAACAUACAUGCUUAACCGAUGUAAUAAUAGUUGUUCAGGGCAUGACAGAAAAGUUGCCAAUCAUGAAGAAAGGAAUAGAUACUACGUUAAAAAAAAGAUGUAGGAAAAUAGGAGUGCAAGCCAAACAGUACAGGAAGAAGCCUGUUUUUGACAUAGAGCCCGUGGAAUCCUUAAUCUUGGGAGAUGACUGAGGCAGGGUUAGGUCAUGAAAUUUGGCAGAAAAAGCUGAAACCACUAAUGAUUUGACCUGGUCCAAACUUCAAAACAAAGUUCUUAUAAAUGUUAACAUACUCCAAAUAAUCAUAAGUGGAUAUAAGCAUAAUUCUUAAAGCUUCUGCUCAACCUUCAUUUUAGAAUAGCCAAAACAAAAACCCAAAGCAUGCUAUAUAAAGCAGUGUGUUCAGGUGUCCGAAUCUGGGUAACUGACUGGUUUUGAAAUUUGUUUUUAUAAUAUCUCUGAUCAAUUUCUUAGACGGUUAUUAAGAGCCAGCAACUCAUUCCCUGAUUAGAAGUGAAUAACAGACGGACCCCGAAAAGAUCCAUCUUUCAAACCAAGUAUUUUCUGAAACCACAAUCUUGUCUCAUUUAAGAUACUAAGUAGGUGUUAGAUAUUAACAAAGUGAAGUCACCACCAAACAAACCGUAGCCAUUCAUAAGUCACGAUCGUGACCUAGACAGGUGCUCACGGCAAGAGGUGGACAGUUCUCUUCUUUGGAGUGAAGACCACUGCUAAUGGAGAGCAUUCUCCCCCCAGACCGGCAUUUACCUGUCCGUCUGGUUUUUGUUAACAGAAUGCCAGGUCUGAUGCCUCCGAGUGGAUUACACUGAAUAGAGAAGACUUACCGGAGGACACUGAGCCAGCUUAUCUGCUGCUACCAUCUGGACAUUGAGGUGUUUAGCUUGAGAUUUCCCCCGAGAUUUUAUUAACCUUUGUAAAACCUGUAAAAGAUGAGAUUUUUAAAUGAGAAUAUCUGUACUCAGGUAAACGACAAGGUUCAACAUUCACUCUUUUAUCCGGGGCCUUUUCCAUACAGCACAAAUGCUUUGUAUUAGGUUGAAUUAUUGAACUGAAAAUAUAUUGAAGAUUAACUGCAAAACGAACAUGUUAAUCUCAGUUUCAAGCUUCAAAAAAAGGAUCACCAGCAUGGAGCUCAUCCUGGGGAGUCUUGUCUUUUUUCAAGGCCAGCAGUUACCAAACUUUCUGUCUCAUGACUUCUGUUUUAAAAAAUUAUUGCAAACUCCAAAGAGCUUUUUUAUUUUAUGUGAACUAUACCUAAUAUUUACAUAUUAGAAAUUAAAAAAGACAUUAAAAAAAUACUGAUUCCUUUUAAAAUGACCAAUAAACCUGUUUACAUGUUAACAUUGACUACUCACUCCUGAUAAAAACAGCUAAAUUAUUUGCAGAUUUCUCCAAUGCCUGGCUUCACAGAAAACAGCUGAAGUUUCCUGCCUCUACGUUGAAUCUGCUUUGGUAUAUUGUUUUGGUUGAAAUAUACAAAGAAAAUAUAGCCUUAUUUUUCUUUGAUACCACAGUUAACAAAUGGUAGUUUUUU